CGACAGGGAAAAGCCUUCACGAUCAGUCGAUCGAGCUCGACGUCAAUGGCGCCCUCUACGUACAUAACAUACUCAUAUACGUGCAUACAGCUCGCAAAUAUAGUCAUACAUUAGAUGAGUAUAUCGAAAUUCGAACUGGAGGUCUACCUAUAAAUUGGGUACGUUUUAAUUCCCUCACCAAGAACAGUACUCCAUCAAUCUCACUCACUAAGAUAUAGUCAUAUAGGAGUAGUAUAUCUAUCAGGAUUCAGGAGCCAUGGCUGCAGGCUUCAAGCUCGCGAUUCUGGCCGUCGCAUGCGCCCUGCUGUUAGCUACUCCCGCAUGUCAUUGCCGCCCCUCCGAGCUCCGUGUCGGGUACUACGAGGACACGUGCCCGGAGGCGGAGUCCCUCGUGCGGUCCGCCGUGACCGACGCCGUCACCGGGAACGACGACGGCAUCGGCAUCGGCGCGGGGCUCAUCCGGCUCCUCUUCCACGACUGCUUCGUGCAAGGCUGCGACGCCUCCGUGCUCCUCGACCCGACGACAUCCAACCCGGCUCCGGAGAAGCUCGGCGCCCCGAACGCCCACAGCCUCCGCGGCUUCGAGGCCAUCGACACCGCCAAAGCCGCCCUCGAGCUCGCCUGCCCCGGCGUCGUCUCCUGCGCCGACGUUCUCGCCUUCGCCGCCCGCGACGCCUCCUACAUCCUGAGCGUCGGGAACUACAACGAGCCCAUCGAGUUCGCGAUGCCGGGAGGAAGGCUCGACGGCCGCCGGUCCAUGGCCGAAGACACGCUGCACGGAUCCCUGCCGUCGGCGUCCGCUAACGUCACGGAACUCGUGGACGCGUUCCAGACAAAGGGGCUCGGCGUUGAGGACUUGGUGGUCCUCUCCGGCGCGCACUCGGUGGGCCAGGCCCGAUGCUCCUUCUUCUCCGACGCCGGCGGCGGCGUUGGCAUCGACCCGGCGUUCGCGAGGUCGGUGCGGCGGCGGUGCAGCACCCCGGAGCAAGCCCCGGCCCCGUCACCGGCGGCGGCGGCGGCGGGCGAGAACGACGAGGAGAGGAUGAUGAGCCUGGACGCGGUGACCCCGGGGGCGCUGGACGGGCAGUACUACCGGAACGUGGUGAGGCGGAGGGUGGUGCUGGGCUCCGACGCGGCGCUGAUGGCGUCACCGGAGACGGCGCGGAUUGUGCGCGCGAGCGUCGGGAGGAAUGGGAGGUGGGAGAAGAAGUUCGGGGAGGCCAUGGUGAGGAUGGCGGCCAUCGGCGUCAAGACUAAGCUGGGCGCCGCCGGGCGCCGUGGGCGCGGCGAGGUCAGGACUAACUGCAGGGUCGUCAACUAGCCUGCCCGGAGACCAGAAUCAUAAAUGACACUGACUGGAUGCGUCGUUCGUUCGUUCGUUAAUUCGUUUCUUUCCUUGUUUCCUGGAGUACUUUUCUUUUUUUUGAGGGGGUUUCCUGGAAGUAGCCGGGCCUGUUGUUUCCACCGUAUCUUGGGCCGGAUAUCGAUGGUGGAUUCGAUCUGCUCCGCUAAGCUCAAUGGGGCCACAUAUACUACAGUACCUCGUUUCUGUGUUAGCUUUCAGAUCUCCGAAUCCAAA